UUGCAGAAUGAUUUCGGAGAAGCUUCUUCGCCGUUUCACGCUCGAGAAAAAGCUUUUUCUCGUCGGUGUCGGAGCGAGUCGUUGGUUUGACCCAAAUGUUGAGCAGCUUUGAGGCGUUUUCUGUUGUUUCAGUCUUUGUUGUCUCAGACGGGAACAGGAAGGCAGGAAGUCUCCGUCUCACACAGAAGAAAGACUCACAGACCGUCAGCAAGUACAACUCUCAGUACCACAAACUGUUCCAGACCGUCCCCAAAGAGGAGAUCCUGAUGAAAGUGUAUUCGUGUGCGUUGCUGCGGGACAUCCUGCUGCAGGGACGACUCUACAUCUCCAGGAACUGGCUGUGUUUCUACGCCAACCUGUUCGGUAAAGACAUCAAGGUGAGUGAAGACGCUGUCAUCCGUCCCAAAUGUCCCCUGGAUGUAUAAUCAGACCUGGAUACAGCACUGAAGGUGACACACCUUAUCACUGUCACAGCUGCUCAGGGGCAAACAUUUUGAAGGAA